AUGUGUCAGGAAGAAUCAGGCAGAUAGGACAGGGAGGAACCUCAGAAGGAUAACUCUACUUUGGUGAACACUGAUCCUCUGUCUUAAAGUGUGAGGAAGGAAACCCUGGGAAAACUGGUGGACAGGACAGCAUCGCAAGUGACCUCAUGGAGUCCCAGGCUGCUUUGAACGGAAUGUUUCCAUCCCUUCCUCAGCCAGACCUCACUUCCUUGCCACAGGGGUCAAUGGUAAUACAAUCCUAUCAAUCGAAGGCUUCCUUGCAGAAAUUCCUGAGAGGAGAGCCCAAGGCACUGGGGACUGUCCAGAUCAUGAUUGCCCUGAUGAACCUCAUCUUAGGGGCAAUGAUCGUUUUCAUUUCUCAGAAUCCUUAUGGACAGAGACUGUUUCUGUGGUACACUGGCUAUGUAUUCUGGGGAUCGGCAUUUUUCAUCAUCUCUGGCUCCCUUUCCAUAGCUGCAGAGAACAGAAUCACAAAUACUCUGGUCCAAAGCAGCCUGGCAAUGAACGCCGUCAGCUCAGUCGUGGCUGGGCUGGGAAUCAUCUUUUUUGCAGUCACCUUGAUAUCAUUUAAUAUAACCAAUUAUUUUUGUUCCAGAGCAGAUUUCUUUGAUACCUGUUUUUUUGGUGAUUCUCUAUUGUUGGGAUGCAAUAUCUUCCUGCUGAUCCUAACUGUUUUAGAACUUGCCAUCUCCCUUACAAUCUCGAGCAUUGGCUGCCGGGCCGUGUGCUGUGUCCAGCGUGGGGUCACCUUCUUCAUGCCUCCCCCUAUCUAUGUGCCCCAGAACUCUGCUGCUGAAGCCAACAAAGGAGGGACAACACUUCAAAGCUCUGUUGCUGACACAACUUCAUUGCCAGCAAGCCAUCCCAACAGUUCCAUAUAGAAAACUUGCCUUUUCCCCUUCCUGACAGUUUCUUUUCUUUUUUUUUUUUAAUGAGGCAAUUGGGGUUAAGUGACUUGCCCAGGGUCACACAGCUAGUAAGUGUUAAGUGUCUGAGGCUGGAUUUAAACUCAGGUACUCCUGACUACAGGGCCGGUUCUCUAUCCACUACACCACCUAGCUGCCCCUUCCUGACAGUUUCUUGAUGAAAGAGAGCAAAUCAAUAUAUUUUCUUGGAAUUCUUUGUUAAUAGUCACUUUCAGCAUUGGUCACAGACUCCUUAUUUCCCUUUCCCCAUCCCCCGCAAUAGUUCUCUAAUAAUCUCAGUGUUUGCUUACAACAGUAUCAGUAAAAAUGUCAGUGAGUCAGAUUUUUCUUUGGCUAAUCUCCAAGUGUAGGUUGCCUCAGUCGGCCUGGGGAUGCUGGGAGACAGGGUGCAUAGAAGAUAAGACAAGGGAGCAGGAAGCAGGAAGAGAUGGAUUCCAUGCUAUUGCCCAUGAAUGAGGAUUUUCAACCUAUGGAAUUGUCUGCUUCUUUUACCUGAGGAUAGAUGGUGAUUCCACCCCCAGUGAUCAGGGCUCUGUCAUCUUUGUUCUCUGGCUGCUCCUCUAGCAUCCUGGCCCUUAAAGUGAAUCCCUCAAGCUCCAUGUACUACUGACAUUGUGGGUCAGGGCAGAUACAUAUAUGGCAAGAAUUAUAAGGUUGACCAUCACUGUCUUGUCGAUCUCCUCUCAGUUUGCCCUAUGACAUGUUUAUUCAUAUUUCAUAUCAUUAUGUCAAGCCCUGACAUGACUCAGGGACAUACUUGAAUCUUUUCUCAGUUAAUAAAAUAGCAACUUUUUUCAUCAA